UCGCACUCCCAAAUGUCAACACUCUGGAAUCCCUGAGCGCACCUAUCCUAAGUAACCUUCACUGACCUCGCUCCUGAGUACUUCCGGUUUCAAAACCCAGGUGACUUUGGUAACAAAAUAGGAGACAUCUGGAGUUUGGGGUUACAUCGAUCUGCAAUCUUUGGAGCGCAGACACCGAUUAUUGCUACCAAGAUGAGGACCCUUAUUACAGUGCUUGUUGUCUGUCUUCUGACGGGGGAGUCCCUGGCUGUAACAUGCCCGGCAGGAUGGGCCACCUUCGGCUACUCCUGUUACAAGUAUGUAGCAGAGAGAAUGUCAUGGAUUGAUGCACAUCGCAGGUGUAACCAGGUCCGGGAAAACGGGCCAGAUGGGCGGAUGUAUAUGGCGGACCUGGUCUCAAUUGAGAAUCCAAUGGAGGACAAGUUCGUUUAUAACUGGCUAUACAAGACAGGAGGAUCGCUAAACAAAGUCUGGACCGGUCUGGUAGAGAGAUACCAAAAUCAGUAUGUAUGGAUAGACCGUACACCUGUGAGGUACACAAACUGGAAGCAAGAUCAACCACAACUAAACUGGCACCGACAAGCCGCUCACAUCUUUAACGGUCGGGAACUUCAAACCUGGGUCACAUCCAACUGGAAAACACCAAUGUCCUUUGUCUGCAAACUUCGAUUUGGACCACCUUACGGAGGACCAGGAGGGGGGAAUCCAUCCGGCAACCCGAACCAACCGAGUGGUCCAAAUCGUCCCACCAGGCCUUUGUACCCGAAUCGGCCAAACACGCCCAUCGUUCCAAACGGAGGGAAUCCGCCUAUGAGACCUAAUCGUCCCAUGAAUCCGAAUCAACCCAAUAGACCGAUGAAUCCGAAUCAGCCGAACCGACCCGUGAAUCCAAACCAACCAAAUUGGCCUGUAAAUCCAAACCGACCUGUGAACCCGAACCAGCCAAACCGACCGUUCAACCCGAUGAAUCCGAAUCAGCCAAACCGACCAGUAAAUCCAAACCAACCAGUGAAUCCGAAUCAGCCAAACCGACCGUUCAACCCGAUGAAUCCGAAUCAACCAAACCGACCCGUGAAUCCAAACCAACCAGUGAAUCCGAAUCAGCCAAACCGACCGUUCAACCCGAUGAAUCCGAAUCAACCAAACCGACCCGGGAAUCCAAACCAACCUGUGAACCCGAACCAACCAAAUCGACCGGUUAACCCGAACCAACCAAACCGACCGGUUAACCCGAAUCAGCCAAACCAACCUGUGAACCCGAACCAACCAAACCGACCGGUUAACCCGAAUCAGCCAAACCAACCUGUGAAUCCGAACCAACCAAACCGACCCGUGAAUCCAAACCAACCAGUGAAUCCGAACCAGCCAAACCGACCUGUCAACCCGAAUCAGCCAAACCGACCAGUGAAUCCGAACCAACCAAAUCGACCGAUGAAUCCGAAUCAGCCAAACCAACCUGUGAAUCCAAACCAACCAAACCAACCUGGGAAUCCAAAUAGACCGAACCAACCACAGAAUCCGAAUUGGCCAAACCGACCAAAUCAACCACAGAAUCCAAAUUGGCCUAACCAGCCGAACCAACCACAGAACCCAAAUUGGCCUAACCAGCCGAACCAACCACAGAACCCAAAUUGGCCGAACCAGCCGAACCAACCACAGAACCCGAAUUGGCCUAACCGACCAAACCAACCACAGAAUCCGAAUUGGCCGAACCAACCAAAUCAACCACAGAACCCGAAUUGGCCCAAUCAACCGAACCAACCACAAAACCCAAAUUGGCAGAAUCCCAAUCAACCUCCUUUCCGCGGUUAAAAAGGUCGAAUCUUAUACAUGUAGGCCUUCUCUAUUAAUAUGUUUGGCAUUCAUCAAGGGAGCAGUUAGUUGCUUUCAUUCCUAACACGUGACUUGAAUGAAUCUCUUAAAUAAGUAAGAACAAUGAACAGAACCACAACAGGCAAUAAAACUGAAAUCUUAUUAUUUAAUGGAAGUUAAAAGCAAGGUAGUAAUAUCAUGCUAAGCAGGGCCCGCUGGAGGAACAGCUCUUUCGGACCUAAAGUGGCUCCCCUCGUUCCGGGAUUCAUUUCUAUGUAUCGAAAUAAGGCUCAUAUUUUCGAAGGGUUUUUUUCCCGAAAACAAGAUGAGGCUUAUAGUUUCGAAGGUUUUUUGAUCCGAAAAAUCAAGAUUCGCUAUUCCGAAUAGUUGACGGUGAGAUAAUUAGCACUGCCUAACCUUUGGAAUAAUUUGAUCGUCGAAUCAACAAACUUCGGAAUGACAGCAAUCCAUACAUCCUAUUCGGAACGCACAUUCGGAAUAAUGAACGUA